CUCUCUCUCUAACCCGUCUCUCAGACUAGCGAAGCAGUAGAUCACGAUGAUUCAUAAAUUCAGUCACUCUCGGUACUGUUCUCUUCUACAGCGACAUCGUUGCUAUUAAAGUCACGGGGCAUGACCAAUGGUGAGUGGUUGCUACUGAAAAACUCAGCCCUCCUCUCUCUCUCUCUCUCGCUCUCUCUGACUCACACAUACACAGAAAUGGCAUUCAAGAACAACAUCCUAGUCUGCACACCACUAGAAUGUGAAACUGAGGAAGAAAUGGUGGGUUCCAUGGAGUUAGCCAAGGCAGAAGGUGCAGACCUUGUGGAGCUUUGUGUCGAUUCCAUGUCCUUCUCCCAAAUUUCUGAGGUUAAGAAGCUCAUUCAGCACAGAACUCUCCCUGCCAUUGUCUCUUACAGGCUCAAAUCGUCGAGGACCUCAGGCAAAGGAGACAGCAAGUUUCUCUGCUUGCAAGUACUGAGACUAGCUCUUGAAGUAGAUGUUGAAUUCGUUGAAAUGGACUAUGAGGUAGCAUCGGAUAUUAUUGUCAUGGCUGAGCACUUGUACGGGCGUGUGAAUAGCAGAAUUAUCGUAUCAAGUUAUGUGAACGGCGGGAAACCUUCGACAGAGAAACUGGGUCAUCUGAUUGCAUGCAUGCAAUCUACUGGGGCAGAUGUUAUCAAGCUUGUAAUUGACGUGGAUUAUAUCACUGAUCUAGCACCGGUUUUUGAGAUGCUCACUCGCUGCCAGGUGCCAUUAAUUGUUAUUGCAGCGGGCAGUAGAGGUCUAAUAAGCCAACUAUUGGGUCCUAAAUUUGGUGGUUUUCUAGUCUAUGGAUCUCUGGAAUGCAAAUCAAUACCUGGGUUGCCAACUUUACUCAGCAUUAAACACGUUUACAAGCUUGAACACCUGAACGCAGAUACGAAAGUUUUUGGUCUCAUUUCAAACCCGGUAGGCCAUAGCAAGGGUCCCAUUCUGCACAACCCCGCAUUCAGACACACUGGAUAUAAUGGAAUUUACGUCCCCAUGCUCGUCGAUGAUAUCAAGGAGUUCUUUGAAACCUAUACGGGCACCGACUUCGCAGGUUUCAGUGUUGGAAUCCCACACAAGGAAGCAGCUGUUGGAUGCUGUGAUGAAGUACAUCCAUUGGCUAAGUCCAUAGGAGCUGUGAACACUAUAGUAAGAAGGCCUAUUGAUGGGAAGCUGAUUGGUUAUAAUACAGAUUGUGAGGCUUCUAUCACUGCAAUUGAGGAUGCACUAAGAGAUAGACGACUUCUCAAAGGAGAAGCAUCAGAUACUUCUCCUAUAGCUGGGAAAACUUUUGUUUUGGUUGGAGCAGGGGGUGCAGGAAGAGCACUUGCCUUUGGAGCUAAAAGUAGAGGAGCUAGGGUUGUCAUAUUCAACAGGAGUUAUGAAAGAGCAAAGGCUCUUGCAGAUGCAGUUUCAGGAGAAGCUUUUCCAUAUGAAUGUCUAGAAAGAUUCAGCCCAGAGAAGGACAUGAUCCUUGCCAAUGCUUCUGCAAUAGGAAUGGAACCUAAUUCAGAUCAAACUCCUGUUUCGAAGGACGCCCUGAGAGCAUAUGGACUAGUUUUUGAUGCGGUUUAUACGCCUAGAAAUACACGGCUCUUGCAAGAGGCUGCAGAGAUAGGGGCCACUGUGGUGAGUGGAGUUGAGAUGUUUAUCAGGCAGGCCCUUGGGCAGUUCAGACUGUUCACUGGUGGCUUAGCUCCAGAGGAUUUCAUGCGAAAGCUGGUUCUGGAACAAUUCUGAUUCUUAUACCCAAGCAUGCCGAGAUCAAAUUGGUUGAUGUAAAUUCCUUCAGUUUCAUCUUCGGCACCAAAGUAAUAAAUCUAUGAAUACCUCAGCUUAUAUGGUAUGUUUGAGGUUGUACUACACUUACACCAGCUUGUCAAUGCCGAGAGCCUCUCCCUCCCCCCUGCCUCUGUUGUAAAAUAGAAUGCCAGUACGAGGCUUGUAAGAUUAUAGAUAGGUAUGUGUUUGGUUGAGUCUAGCUAUGUGUUUGGUGGAGUUAGCAAGGUGGUCCGAGAUUACUGUGUCACUUUGACUGAGCAACAAUUGCUUCAAAGAGAGUUCAGUCAGGUUCCUUGAAAAUUCUCUCAUCCUUGUGCAAGAAGGAUUAUCCCCUGUUUUUUCUUUGCUGAGAACAAGAAGGGAUUCCCCCGUUCAAUGUUUAGUACAGUCCGAGUGUGGAAUGAUCACAAAUGUACAUGCAUAUGAUAUUCCCCUACAGCUUAAUCCAUACAUUUUCUGUGAACCCAAGCAGAUCACCAACUCAACCUCCACAUUUCAUACGAGUCACUUUAUGAAACCCAUACAAAUACCAUGAACAUCAGAACAUCUAGCCUCAUUGUGAGAGGAUCGAGUAAUGUUAAAUAUAGUCAUUGGU